AUGAUCCACCUGCCAUUCAUUCUUGCUGUGUACAACACGUCCAGGGAGCGCAUUUAUUACUCCAAAUUCAACGUGGUGUCUAUGUUCUUCAACGUUUCAAUAUGGUCAAUUCUUUUAAGUUGGAUAUUGUUCGUCGCCUGCGAAGUUCCAACAGCACGUUUGGAAAAGAUGCUGUUCACUUUCCGAAGUGACAAAAAGGAAAAUGUGAAGAAGGAGAAUCUUCAAACACACGUGGCGAAGUCCUCUCAGCCACAUAUCGACGAGAAGCCCGUAAUCAUUUCCCAUCAGACCAACGAUGUUGAAAGCUCUUACGCACCACCGAACGUCUACCAUAUUCAUCUAUAG